CGAAAGCAAAAGCAGCCCGGGCACCAGCAGAGCAACCCGCUGCUGAGGUGGACUCCGGUAACCCUCCCCCCACCAGUUUUCCUCGUCCCGCUACUACUACUACUUCUCGCCGCCUUUUACCUUCUUCUUCCUUCUUCUCCUCCUUCUCAGGUCCAACAAAGUUGUCAAUCUCCUCAGCAUCUUCCAUCCGUUCAAGCAUCUCAUAACCCUCUUUCUCCAACCCCUCCAGAACCAGUCGCCAUGGCUUCCACCGAGCAGACCUUCAUUGCCAUCAAGCCCGAUGGUGUCCAGCGUGGCCUGAUCGGCCCCAUCAUCACCCGCUUCGAGAGCCGAGGCUUCAAGCUGGUUGCCAUCAAGCUCACCACCCCCGGCAAGGACCACCUCGAGGCUCACUACGCCGACCUCAAGGGCAAGCCCUUCUUCAACGGCCUCAUUGAGUACAUGAACUCUGGCCCCAUCUGCGCCAUGAUCUGGGAGGGCCGUGAUGCCGUCAAGACCGGCCGCACCAUCCUCGGUGCCACCAACCCCCUUGCCUCCGCCCCUGGCACCAUCCGUGGUGACUACGCCAUCGACGUCGGCCGCAACGUCUGCCACGGCUCCGACUCUGUCGAGAACGCCAAGAAGGAGAUUGCCCUCUGGUUCAAGGAUGGCGAGGCUGUCAACUGGAAGUCUGCUCAGUUCGACUGGGUCUACGAGAAGGCUUAAGCGUUUCAUUAUGACGAAGCUCUGAAGCAGCUAUGAAGCUGUACCAACUCGUACCUUUGUAUAACUUGCGUCAGGCUAGACAAAAUGAAAUCUUAAAAGGCAAAAAGACC